AUGUACUGGCUUGAUUGUGAAUGUUUUUUUUCUUUGGUUGGUUUGGGUCAGGCUGAUAGUGUGGAAAAAAGAGGUGGUGGAUCGAAACGAAGUGGCCAUGAUGCUAGUUCAAUGCGAAAAAUUAACACGUAUUUUUUUAAAAAACAAAAAAUUGAUGGUGAGGCUUGCAUUUUAACAGAAAAGGAAGUGCCUGCACUGAAAACCACUAAUACCAGUAAUGAAAAUUGCUUUAAUGAUAAUGAUUCGAAUAAUGUUGCUUCUACUUCUGUUGCUACUAAACGAGACAUGCCGUCUACGUCAUCUGCAAUAUCAAAUGACUCGUUGAACUCUGAAUUCGCUUCAGAUAUCGGAAGCUAUAUUAAUGAAAACAUGAAUCAAUUAUCUGAUUCUACUAGAGCAUUAUUGCUUGAGAAACAUUGGAUGCCACCAUCUAACUAUGUUUUUCCGCAUAACGUUGUAAUAAAACUAGGAAAGCCAAGCAAAAAAUUUGCUCAAAGAUCUCACCUUGAAAAAUUCCAUUGGCUUGUGUUAUCACACGUGGAUCAGGGGCUUUAUUGCAAGUAUUGCGCCUUGUUUGCUACUACUGCCACAGAUUUUGCUAGGUCAAACCUCAGACGACUUGUAAAGGAACCACUGAAGGUUUUUGACCGCUUAUUAGGAGAAAACGGGUUAUUAAUACAACACCAGCGCAAUCAUUAUCAUCAGAUGGCCGUCGAAAGUGGGAAAAAUUUUUUAGCAUGCUAUCAUAAGCCGGAGCUUGAUAUUGUCAACCAGAUUUCCACUCAACGAAUGGCUCAAAUUAUGGAAAACAGAGAUCGCUUGCGACCAAUUAUAAAAACAAUAAUAUUCUGUGGUCGUCAAAAUAUACCACUACGCGGCCACAGAGACGAUGGCCAGUUUUUCAGUACAAAUACCGACAAAAGUGUGGUCUCCGCUCCAGAGGGGAAUUUCAGAGCUUUGUUGAAAUUUAGAAUUGAUGCUGGUGACACAGUUCUCCAGCAUCAUUUAGCAACAGCAAGUUCAAAUGUGACUUACAUAAGCAAAACUGUGCAAAACGAACUAAUAGACAUCUGCAAAGAGAAAAUACAGGAAAAUAUUUUACAAAACGUGAAGAAUGCUAAGUUUUUCUCUCUGUUGUUUGAUGAGACCACAGACAUUUCUCAUACCGAGCAGUUGAGUCUAUCAUUUAGAUAUUAUAAUAACGGUGUUAUUAAAGAAGACUUUAUAUGCUUUUGCGACGCUUAUGAGAUGCUUCGAUGUGAAGAAGCAGAUAGCAGCAAAGAACUUCGGUUAACAGGAGUUGCAUUAGCAAAAAUUGUAGAAAAUCUUUGCCACAAAUUUGAUAUAGAUUUGACUUUCUGUGUGGGUAUUGGCACCGACAGCUGUUCAGUGAUGGCCUCCGAUGUGAAGGGUGCAGUUCAGGAACUAACUAAAAAAGCCAUUCACGCGAAACGUUGCCCUUGCAAUAAUCAUGUCUUAAAUAACUCCUUGGCCAAUUCAUCAAAAGUCGCGUCGUGCAGAAACACAUCUGCGACGAUGAAGAAAAUCGUAGCGUUUGCAAACGCAUCUGCAAAACGCCAUGAAGUAUUUUUACAAGAACUUGGCGGCGUGGCAAUUCAAAGUAUAUGUGAGACGCGAUGGGUUGAAAGGCAUGAUGGACACUUACAAUUUCAGGGUGAUAAUCUGAUCAAAAUUUGUAACGCCCUGGAGAGAAUAUCGACAUGGAAAGAUAGCAAAACAUCAAGCGAUGCCCAUUGUCUCUUACAAACACUGCGCAGUUCCGACUUUAUCAUAUCAUCAGUAUGCUUGAAUGACAUUUUAGGUACAACCGUUGCACUGAGUCGCUUUUUGCAAACUGCAUCUAUAGAUAUGAAAAGAGCCACGGAUGCAAUAAAGGACACACUUGACGUGUUGAAAUCAAAACGAGAAAACGUGGACUCUGUGUUCCAACAAUUAUUUUCAGAAGCUCGGGAAGUAGCAAAACAACUAGAUGUUGAGUUGAAAUCGUCGCGAACUAUUUCCAGGCAAACACAUAGAUCAAAUCAUCCGGCGCAAUCUGUGGAGGAGUAUAUUCGAAGAUCAAUAUACGUACCCCUCUUGGAUUGUGUUAUAAACGAUCUAAGCCAAAGACUUUCUCCUGAUGUUCUGGAUCUAUUUCAGUUAGGAGUCUUUUUACCUAAGUCGACAUACAGCGACCAAGACAUUGAUACGAAAGUCAUUGCCUAUGAAUGGAGAAUGUUACCUAUUGUAUUUGAUGACGCGAAUAAAACUCUUUUGGCUAAUUUAGAAAUUGAUGAAGUGUGGAAGACUAUUUUUCAAGAAAAGAAACUCAAUAACGAAUUAUUUUUUCCAAAUUUAGAGAAUUUAGUAAAUGCAGUUUUAUCACUUCCACAUUCUAAUGCCGAAGCAAAGAGAAUAUUUUCUAUUGUUACAGAUGUGAAGAAUAAAAAGAGGAAUCAGAUAGAUGUAACCAGUUUAGACACAGUAUGCAAAGUACGAUCGAGUUUCCAAGCUCAUAACGUUGACUCUCGCACUUUCCAAGUAGAUUCUACACACUUAGAACUGUACAAUUAUAAGAAUUUAGUUUCUCCUAAUUCUGACACCAAUCAAUAUAAAGAACAACAGAACAUUUAA